GAAACCUGGAGAAUAAAACACGAGGAACCAGAAACCUGGAGAAUAAAACACGAGGAACCAGAAACCUGGGGAAUAAAACACGAGGAGCCAGAAACCUGGAGAAUAAAACACGAGGAACCAGAAACAUGGAGAAUAAAACAGGAGGAACAAGGAGGUCUGAUGAAAAUUAAAGAAGAAAGACGAGAUACGAAAGAGGUGGAAGAGAUGUAUCCGGAUCAGAAAGAUCAUGAUGUCAAUGGAGAAAAAUCAUUGAGUCGCAGCACUAAAAAAACAGAAGUCAAACGGCCCUUCAGCUGCUCUCAAUGUGGAAAGCGUUUCACACGUAAGGGAUACCUUAAGACUCACAUGUUAAUUCAUGCUGGAAUAAAGCCUUUCACCUGUCCACAGUGUGGAAAGAGUUUCAUAAGUAAAGGAAUCCUGAGGGAUCACAUGUUAAUCCAUACUGGGAUAAAGUCUUUCAGCUGCUCUCAGUGUGGAAAGAGUUUUAUACAGAAAAAUCGACUUAAAAAUCAUUUGGUAACUCACACUUCAGAAAAACCUUUCUCCUGCUCUCAGUGUGGAAAGAGUUUUAAAAAAAAGUCAAACAUUAAGAGGCACAUGUUAAUUCAUACUGGGAUAAAGUCAUUCAGCUGCUCUCAGUGUAGAAAGACAUUUACACAGAAAUCAAGCCUAAAGGAUCACAUGUUAAUUCAUGCUGGGAUAAAGUCUUUCUCCUGCUCUCAGUGUGGAAAGAGUUUUACACAUAAAUCAUACCUUAGGAGGCACAUGUUAAUCCAUACUGGGAUCAAGUCUUUCAGCUGCUCUCAAUGUGGAAAGAGCUUUACAGAGAAAAGUCAACUUAAAAAACAUUUGGUAACUCACACUUCAGAAAAACCUUUCUCCUGCUCUCAAUGUGGAAAGAGUUUUAUAAAUAAAUCAGUCCUUAAGAGGCACAUGUUAGUUCAUACUGGGAUAAAGUCUUUCAGCUGCUCUCAGUGUGGAAAUACUUUUACACAUAAAUCAAGCCUAAAGGAUCACAUGUUAAUUCAUACUGGGAUAAAGUCUUUCUGCUGCUCUCAAUGUGGAAAGAGCUUUAUAAAUAAAUCAAACCUUAAUAGGCACAUGUUAGUUCAUACUGGGAUGAACUCUUUCAACUGCUUUCAGUGUGGAACGAAUUUCAGACACAAAGGACAACUUAAGAUUCAUUUGGUAACUCACUCUUCAUAAAAGCCUUUCUCCUGCUUUCAGUGUAAAAAGAGUUUUACACAAAAAGAAGAACUUGUGGCUUGUUUCCACUUAGCUGUACGGUACAGUCCAUUACAAUUUGGUACGGGGAACCCUGAUCAGACUUGUGUUUCCACUGCCAGUACUACCUUUACUUGGUAGAUGUGGUGUAUGCCUGAAAGUAGCGAAUGACAAUGAACCGCAACAAUAGGCAAAACUCUAUCUUUUUUUGUUGUUGAUCGAAUAAAACAAUUUUUGUUAAAUGUCAGUUUUAAUGACCAAUAAUAGCCAUUAUAAAAGGAUAAGUACAGCUUAUAAAAAAAGUUCAAAUUAAGUAAAUAAAGUGUAAGACCUCGGUGAACAAGCAACAGCACAAGAACAAACUGCACAAGUGGCUACUUCUGCCAAUGGAAUUAAAAGAGCCUAUUUUCUCCCAUCUGAGAUCUGAACUCCAUUAAUGGUUAAAUAAAGGGGAACAAUUGUCUGGACAGAAAACGAAUGGCUAAAAACCUAUGUCAGAAAAUGUCCACAACAGAGGACGUCCAUUCCAAAAUCAAAAAAACGAAUCAUGAGCUAAUCACGUGACGUCGACAUCCUGAGACAGUUUCCUGUCAGCUGUGCUCCCAUCUCCUUAAAAGGAGGUGAUUUAAUUCACUCUGAUCACAAGAUCCACACCUGCAGGAAUCAUCAAUAAUCAAUGGACCACAACAAAGGGAACAUACAGUGUGUCCCAUGACUUGUGAAUUGUUCUACAAACUGAACUUUUCAAUAAAUAAUCUCAAAAGGACAACCAUUGAGGAAUCUGAAGGUUUAACUGUAUUCACAAAUAAAAUGCUUUAUAUUUGUUUGUGUUCAAAUGUAAUCUGUGCAACUUUAAUAAAACAUUGGUUUUAGCAGAUAGUGCUAUUAAAUGUAAGAUAUGUAUAGUUUAGUGUUGAACGGAAGCUCACAUUAUUUGCUUAAACUUGGAGUGAAUGAAAUGUCCAAAGUCUCUAUUGUGUUCCUAUUAUGACACUUUAUAAUGUAUGAUCCAAAGAUCCACAAUGGCCGAAGUUCUACGUAAUUGUAAAGAAUUGUAAAGAUAUACUGAUUUUAACGUUUGCUGGAAAAACCGUUGAUGAAGUAUAAACUAAUUAAAUUUGGAGUCAGUUCAAUUAAAGCAAUUCAAUUAAUUAGAUUUGAUCCUUCUUAAAAGAAAAUAGCUAAAAUUUCCUUUUGGUCUGUUAAAUAUAGCUAACCCAAAACAAAUUGUAUCUUGUGUUUAAUCAGAACCAAGACAUCAGAGCCAGCAGCAAAUGUUUGAAGGACAAGCUGAGCUAAGGCCGCUCCCGGCGAAUAAAUGAGCAAUGAGCACCUAGUGAUCGCCUGAAGCUCUGAAAUCAUCACAACAAAUUUUCAAAUAAGUGCUAUCUUUAUAAAUACACAGCAGAUUUCAGUUUUAAACAAGUGCAUUCUUUCCUGAAAAACUCUUAAAACUACAUUUCAUCACACCAUAACAGCAAUAUUUAUAAAAUCUUGAAGGUUUUGGACAGUGAUGUUGUCCACAAGAACAGACCAGAAUGCAUUUUGAGAAAUGGUGGUUGUCUAUGUGAAUUGUAAAAAUAUAAAAUGAUAAAAUACAUUGUAAUAUUUUUUUUGUGUGUUUAAUCACUCUGAUGUAAAUAAGACCAACACUUAUGGACAGCAGAGCAGAACUAGUGAGGGACGCCUUAUCCACCUUGUAUCAUGCAAAAGUUAUGAUUCUAGUCAACUAAUCAACGUUCCAAUCAACGUACCCCUUGCUGUGUUAGGUACCCGAACGGAAGGGAAACAAUGAUUACAUGUUGCGAUUAAACUGUAAUUGCGAUUUAAAGGCUGUGAGAAAAAUGUAGUGGUUUUAUAUGUUGUUCCAGAGUUAACGUCUUCUGGGGGGUUGGCAUCCAGACUGAAGAUUGUCUAAUUCCUAGUUGCCUCAGCAUGCAAGUCCGAAAAGAGAGAAGCAAAUAGAGAUUAAACUAGCAUAGCUGCUAUUCUAGCCAAGCAAAGAUGAUGUGUUCAACCCAUGCAAAAGAAUGAAAAUGUGAUACAAGAUCACAUAUAG